AUGGCAAUAGCGAACAAAGUAGGUGAAUCUGUUUCUGGAGACGGACACACGAUAUCAAUCUGUCUGCCCACUUGGGCCACGAAUGUUGGAUAUAAGGAAAAUGAUCCUGUAGUGCUGAAUGCCAUGAGCUGUGGGUAUCCACGGUUGUUUAUCCACCGGUCAAUCCAGAGACUGUGUGAUAUUCUGACAAAUAAGUAUGCCAAAGAGAAUGAAUCUUGUCUGUGCUUUCCGUCGUAUAAAGUAGCUAAGAGGUGUCGAGAGUUUAUCAGGGUUGUGUCUUCCAGGAGACAGUUACCGAUUCCGAAGGUAAGGAUCCUGCAACUGGCGACUUCCAGACCAGUGACGCUGGAAGAAGCUCGUUGGAAGAAAGAAUGCCGGAUCGCGGUUGUGUUUGUGGACAAAGCCUACUACACAAUGGUCAGAAAUUACUGGCAGUAUACAGGCGAGAUUAUCUCCAGUAGGCUGGCGGAAUAUGUGCUCCAUGAGCUCUUUAUUGUAGAGAAGUCCAGUCGUGGUUCCCACUUGUCAAGACCUAGCACGAUGGCGGCUAGUUACGAAAAUGAGGAGGAGUUUGUGGAAAGCAGAUAUGGCAGGAAACUCAACUUUUCCCUUGGAGAUAAGGCCCAACAAUAUAUCAAAAAAAGAAUUGCAACUAAAUCUGUCGACGUUUUGGAUGAUAUGGACGACGGUGGCAGUUAUCACUUUGUCGCUAAUGCAGGCAGGUUUGGUACAGCCAUUGAGGCUCUGAAUACGGAUGCCGAAGCUACAGAAAAUGAAGAAACACCACCUGCCGAUAACAGUGUGCCGUUGCUAGAGCAGAUAAAUAAUGAUCGGGUAGAUACUGAUAACUUAGUCGACUUACAAUCAGGGACCGAGUUGAUAUCAGCAAUACCGGCUGAGCCAAUCGUCUUGGAGGCUUCUGACACUGAAUCUAACACCGCCAAUGGGCUUGUUUUUAUUGCAAAUGAUUUAGGAAACGAUAACAGAUCGUCGCUUAAAAUCGACUAUGAAAAGGAUGUGUACUUGUUUCCAAGUGGGAUGGCAGCCCUAUUUACUGCACAUAGGUUACUACUGAACUUGGAUGCAAGGAGGGUAAAUAGAUCUAAAUCAAAUUCAAAUGUCAAUGCGCUGGGAAAUAAUUCAUCAAAUGGGAGCACCACUUCUCUGGAUAGCCAUCUGCAGAACAGUAACGACAUAGUUGGUUACGGUUACCCAUAUAAGAAGUCAGUCGUUUUUGGUUUUUCUAAUAGCGAUACUGUGAGUCUUCUUAAUGAAUUCAAUCAUACCCAUUAUUUUGGCAAAGGUGAUGCUGAAUCCAUGAAAGAGUUAGAGCAAACUUUGCACUCUGGUGAACAAAUAUUGGCUGUGUUCAUAGAGAUACCUUCGAAUCCUUUACUAAAGGUUGCAGAUUUGAAGUAUUUGAGGAAUUUGGCCAAUAUAUACGGAUUUUACAUUGUUAUUGACGAAACUUUAGGUGGAUUUGUCAAUAUUGAUGUCCUACCGUUUGCAGACAUAGUCUGCAGUUCAUUAUCGCAGAGUUUUGGAGGCGAUUCAAAUGUAAUGGCUGGAUCCAUGGUAUUGAAUCCACAAGAAAAACUCUACCAAUUUGCACAACUGUUUCUUAACCAACUUGGGGAAUAUGAAAACUACGUUUGGUGUGAAGACGCUAUUAUCUUGGAAAGAAACUCUCGUGAUUUCAUACCUCGAUCGAUCACUAUAAACCACAAUUCAGAGUAUUUGAUUAACGAGGUUCUGUUGCCCAAUGAAGGACCAGAUAAGAUUUUCAAGAAGAUAUACUAUCCUAGUCUAACCUCAGAUGAGACAAAAGAAAAUUAUGACAAACUGAGAUGUAAAAAGAUCCCAAAUUUUGAGAAAGAAGAAGGCGGCUAUGGAGGGAUCAUUUCGUUAACCUUUCACAACCUUGACACAUCCAAACGCUUUUUCGACGAAAUAAACAUAACCAAAGGUCCAUCUCUGAGCACUAACCACACAUUAGCAUGCCCAUACACAAUCUUAUCAUAUUUUGAUAACUUGGCUCAAGUUGAAAAGUUUGGUGUGGAAGAGAAUCUGAUAAGAAUCAAAAUAGGCUGCGAGAGCAAAGAAGACCUAGCAAAAGUGUUCCUUCACGCAAUUGAAAAGGCUCAGAGUUUGUAA